UUGAAACAUGUUAACAUGAUUCAGAAGGAUGGAGAGGAUGAGGAUGAAUGAAAUAGAGAUGUUGAUAGCAGUGAUAUGGUUGAUGGUGGAAGCGUGAUAAAUUUGAUUGUUUGUUAUUUAAAGCAAGAUGUUUCCAAUUUAAUGUAUCAAUUUUGUUUAACACUAAUCAUUUUUCUUGAUGUGGUUGACAGUCUUUGUUAACAGUUAGAUCUCAACCUUUUUUUUCUAUUUAAUUUUUCCAUUUUUUCUUCGACAUUUUUACAAGUGUAACAAAUUUACCAGUUUACUCAUCUCUAACGGUUCUAUCUGUGAUAAAGAAGAUCCAAACACCGCCACUACAAUCAAGAUGAACAUAAGAUCUUUUGGCAAAGCUCUUGUUCGACGAAAAAAGAUAGAUGACAAUCAAGGACCAAGUACAUUGAACCGAUGUUUAGGAACAUUGGAUUUAACUGCCUUAGGUAUUGGAAGUACCUUAGGGUUGGGAAUGUAUGUGAUAGCUGGAAAGGUUGCGAGUACAGAAGCUGGUCCUGCAGUGGUUUUAUCAUUUUUCUUUGCUGCUUUGGCUUCCGUUUUUGCUGGAUUUUGUUAUGCUGAAUUUGGUGCUAGAGUUCCAAGAGCGGGUUCAGCUUAUAUCUACAGUUAUGUCACUGUCGGUGAAUUUACGGCAUUUGUGAUUGGUUGGAAUUUGAUACUCGAAUAUGUGAUUGGUACAGCUUCAGUCGCAAGAGGAUAUAGUGGAUAUUUAGAUUCUCUCUUCAAUGGGACAAUAGCAGCAAAAUUAACAGAAUUGAUGCCCAUAGGAAUCUCACACAUGUCUGCCUAUCCUGAUUUCUUAGCUUGUGGGAUAACGCUGCUCCUAACAGUCAUGCUCGCAAUUGGUGUAAAAGAAUCGACUAGAUUCAAUUCGGUUUUUACUUUGAUUAAUUUAUCUAUUGUCAUAUUUGUGAUCGUUUGUGGAUCAUUUAAAAGUGAUUUCAAAAAUUGGAAAAUUCCUGAAUCAUCUGUUCCAAGCGGAAGCGGUACUGGUGGAUUUUUACCUUUUGGUUUCUCGGGAAUGAUGGCAGGAGCUGCCACUUGUUUUUACGGUUUCAUUGGCUUUGAUAUCAUUGCCACAACCGGGGAAGAAGCACGAAAUCCACAGAAGGCUAUACCUAUCAGCAUUGUUGUUUCUUUACUGAUAAUAUUUUUCGCAUACUUUGGGGUUUCCAGUAUUCAAACUCUCAUGUGGCCCUAUUAUGAUUUAAAUAACGCAGCUUCGCUUCCAUAUGUUUUCGAAAAACAGGGUUUACCUUGGGCCAGAUGGAUAAUCACAAUUGGAGCUUUAGCUGGACUUUCCACUAGUUUAAUGGGAGCUAUGUUUCCAUUACCACGAGUUUUAUAUGCAAUGGCCACCGAUGGGCUCAUCUUCCGUAAUCUUGCAAGUGUAAAUUCUUGGACUAAAACUCCUCUUAUAGCUACUUUGGUAUCAGGUUCACUCUCAGGAGCCAUGGCAGCUCUUUUCGAUGUUGAUGAGCUUGCAGAUAUGAUGUCGAUUGGAACUCUUCUUGCCUACACACUUGUCGCUGUUUCCAUUUUGAUUCUCAGGUACGAAGGAGAUUCUGAAAAAGCUAAUUUAAAUGGUAUUGCGAACUCUUACAAAGUAACAACCGAUGAAGCUGCAAACUCAUGUAACACUAGUCGAUCACCAGGAUUUUCAAAUGUUAUAAGUCAUUUUAUUCGACGAUUAUUCAAUCUGGAUAAUAUAACCUCUCCGAAUUUAAAGACCGCAUCAAUGAGUAGACUUUUAGUAUUCUCUAUUUGUGCAAAUGUGGUCGUAUUGGACUUAUUGUUGAUAUUUUUAGAAGAGAAUCUCAGUAAUUUGGAAACCAUCUCAUUAAUUGUUAUUGGAAUAUCAUUAUCCAAUCUUAUCUCUCUGAUAAUCGCGCUUAGUCGUCAACCUAAAAGCGCUGCUACCAUAUCAUUUCAAGUUCCAUGGGUCCCAUUAAUUCCAGUUAUCUCAAUUUUUAUCAAUAUCUAUCUCAUGAUGAAACUUUCAGCAAUAACGUGGAUCCGUUUUGCAGUUUGGAUGGUUAUUGGCUUGUCAAUAUACUUUCUUUACGGUAUUUUUAAUAGUAAAGAGCGAGUUGAAAACCAAUCUUUCCAGCUUACACCAAAGAAUCUUAAAUCGAAAGCUCGCACAAUCGGUUAACUAUGUUGUCGGUCGACUAUUGUUAAUCAACUUGCCAGACUGAUAACACUUUUCAGAUUGUCUUAUCCUGCUCAUCGAUGUUCUUUUCUUUAUUUUUUCUUUGCCUUCCUUUCAUCAUCGAUUGAUCAAAGAUUACAAGAUGCCGUUCAUCAUGAUGACAGACCAAUCCGGCUCAAUCAUAAUGCAUAAUCUCUCCUAAUGAUUGUGAUUGACUCGUCUAAUUAUGCCUUUCAAUCUUUUUACAACCCAUUCAAUAAAAGUUAAAUAUAAUUUAUGCUUUUAUUGGAUGAUCAAAACUAUCCUAAGUUAGGUUUACUUUUUCCUUCACGUUGUGUUCAAACCUUAAAACCAAAGGCUUGUCAAUGUAACCUUCAUUUCUUUGCUUUUAUCUAUUGUUUACCUUUCAUUUAAUUAUUGUAACAAUUCUAGUCACACUUUUUUGUUGUAUCUUCAAGCCUAAAAUAAUCGCAAUUAUGAUUCUAGUUUGUUAACUAACUAGUCAACAAAAUAAUGAUCCAGCAUUUGAACAGUCUUUUGUUUCUUAAAAAAUCAACAAAUUGGAUCCAUUUGAUACUCUCAAAUCAAUCUAAUUUCAACUCUCUUUUUGUAAGGAAACCUGUAAUUAACUUUCAUUAUUUGAAAAAAUUAAUAUAUAAUACUUUAAAUAAAAAUA